UCACAUCACUCCAGAUCCAGGACAUCCCGGGGGCGGAGCUGCACUGUAGAGCUCGUUAUUCGGACGCUUUGGAUUUCUCGCUCGCCCACAGUCGUGCCACCUUGGAGGGUUUGUUGCUUGUGUUUUUUUUUUCUCGGGAAGUUCACCUUUGUGAUUGUUCGCCAUGGGAGCAGAGAGCUCAGUGCAGCGGGACGGGAAGAGCCAGGAGGAUGCCCCAGCUUCAGCUUCAGCCUCCGCCGGUGAGCUGAGUGCGGAGGUGAGCGCGCUCCAGGAGAGAAGCAGCGUCCUUGACAGCAAGCCUCUGGAGAAAAAUGGACAGAUCUCCAGCAUGACCAGUCUGAACGGACACUCGGAGGACAACACGCUGGCAGAAGUCGGCCAGCCUGAUGGCGUGGCGCAGAAGGAGGAGGCUCCUGAGACUAUGGAGACCAUCCAGGGUGAAGUGGCUCCCCAAGUAAAUGGCGAGAAAGUGGAGAAAGAGUCUCCUGAUGCCAAUGACAUCUCUGCUAUUGAAGAGAAACCAGCAGAGGAGAAGCCUGACGAUGCCAGUGAAGUGGGCUUCAAGAAAAUCUUCCGCUUCGUGGGCUUUAAGUUCACCCUGAAGAAGGACAAAAGUGAGGAGAAAGAUCCUGUGAAGCUGCUGACAGUCAAAGACAAAGACGGAGAGGAGGUGAGUGUGACUGAUGAGCCCACAAAGGAGGAGGAGGCUGCCACUGCUGAGGAUAAGAGCACAGCUGAAGAAAAGGAGGCUGAUACAGAGGCAUCGAGCGCUGAAGCAGAAGUUAGUAAAGAUGACAAAACUGAAGCAACUGACGUUCCAGCUGAAAGCACUGCAACUGAAGCUACUGAAGAGGCAGCCAAGGAGGAAGGAGCUGAGAAGGAAGGAGAGACCGCCCUGUCCCCCUUCAGGAAGCUCUUCAGUGGAGGACUCUUCUCUAACCUGAGAAAGAAAGCCAGCAUCAAGAAGACUAAAGAGGAGGAAGAAAAGGAGGCAGCUGUUGAGGAAGAGGCAGCUAAGACAGAAGAAGCUGUAGUGGAAGAAAAGGAGGAGAAGGAUGAGGCUGAGCAAGAAACCAAGGAGGAGGCACCAGCAACUCCAGAGGAGGUGAAACCAGAGGCUACCCCAGAGCCAGAGGUAACUGCAGAAACCCCUCCUGCUGCAGAAACUACCGAGGAGACCAAACCAGAAGAGGAAGAGGCUGAAGCUAGUGCAGAAGAGGAGAAGGCUCCAGCAGAGGUGGUUUCUGAGGCUGAGCUGCUGUCGUCACAGGAGAAGGUGAAGCCCCAGGGAAGCCCCCUGAAGAAGCUUUUCACUGGAGCCGGCCUGAAGAAGCUCUCCACUAAGAAACAGAAGACCAAGAAAGAAACUGAGACAAAGCUCACCGAGUCUGGGGAGCAGGCGAGUGAGCCUGAGUCAGCAGAGGCCCCUAAAGCUGACAGUGGACCCUCAUCUCCAGAGGAGUCAGGAGAGCAUGUCAUUGCUGCUGAGGUGACGCCCAUUGAGUCCAGCCAAGAGACUGAUGGUGAAGUUGUCUCUGAUGGAGAGAAGAAGAAAGAGGGUAUCAUCGCCUGGUCCUCCUUCAAGAAACUGGUAACACCCAAGAAGCGUGUAAAAAGGCCAUCUGAGAGCGAAGAUGAAGCUGAGAAACCAGCAAAGUCUGCCACUCUGUCCUCUUCUGAGAGUGCCCCACUGGCAGACAAGAGUGUCGAGGAAGAGGCGAAGGAGGAGAAGGAGGAGAAGACAACUGAAGAAGAGCCAAAGACUGAGAAUACUGAGAAACUGGUGAGCAGCACUGAGGAGCCCAAGAAGAAAAUGGACACCUCUGUCUCCUGGGAGGCUUUAAUGUGCAUGGGUGGACCCAAAAAGAGGACAAGGAGAACUUCUGAUUCCGACGAUGAGGAGACCAAGGUUGAAGAGGAAUCAGUCGCCGUAGAAGGAGAGCAGGAGGUAAAAACUGAGGCUGCCAUUGUCAGUUCCCAAACCACAGAGAGUGAUGGUGAAGUUGUUUCCUCCCCCGAGCCUUCAGGCAACGCCCCUGAGAGAGAGUCCACCUGGGACACACUGAAACGCAUGGUCAUGCCAAAGACUAAGGCCAAAGUUGAGGAAAAGCCAGAGGAGGCUGCGGAGCAAGUCCAGUCCGACAGUGAAGCACCAAAAGACGAGUCGUCAUUCUCUCUGAGGAAGCUCUUCCCUGGGCGCAGGAAGAAGAAGGCAGAGAAACAAGCCUCCACUGAACAGGGCUCAGGGGAGGAGGACUCUGACACCCCAGCUGUGGUUCCUCUCUCAGAGUAUGAAGAAGCUGAAGCUAAAAAGGAAGAACCAGCAGAACCUGCUGAAGUCCAGAUCAAAGUGUCCACUGAAGAUAGAUCCCCCUCAUGGAUCCCAGCCACUGUCGAAGACGGAGAGGACAUACACGAUCAGCUGAGUGACAUUCCAGAGGAGGCUGAGAACGCAGCCACGCCAAAGUCUGUUGACACUGACAUAGCAGAAGAUGAAACUGAGGACAAAGACAAUCUGUCCCCCAAGGUUCCCAGUAACAGAGGGCGCAGACUGUCCACUGCUGAGAUAAAGCCUGUAGCUCAAGCUCCAUCUGGAGAAACCACUCCUGUUCCUCAGGGACCUAAGCCAGAGAGCGCAGAGGAAGUUAUUGAGGGCAAAGAGGCCCAAAUUGGUGAGAUCCCACCCCAGGAAGGUGUGACUGUUGAAGAUGCACCAGUGGAGGUGGCAUCUGAGAAAACAGAGUUUGAACCGCCAACUGAGAAUGCAGAGGCCAAGACAUGCGUCGUCCUGGAGACACAUGCCCAUGAUGAAGCCAUGCGUAUCUGCACUGGCCUGGGAACCAAGGAGAUCGCCAAAAUUGCUCUGGAGAAACCUGUAAUGCCCAUCAUUGAGCCUCUGACCGUGAUACGCGAUGCUGCAGGUACAGAGGUGUCAGUGGAUGAGAAGCCAUCAUGCACAGAGGCAGCCAUUGUUACAGAAGAUGCCGAGGUCAACGCUCAAAUGCGCCAAAUGGAAGCCACAGAGCUUGAGCCUGUUGUUGAAAGUUCCCAGAACGCAUUCUCUGACAUUCAAGCAGCCAGCGAGGGCCAAGAACCAGAGAUUGAGAUGGUUGGAGCCGUCAGCAGCCUUCUGGCAGAGUCUGAAAUCAUUCAGCCUACCGCCACAAGUGAGAACUCCCCCCGAGCUGUCGUUGUCGAUCCAAUAACCCCAACAUCUGAAGCCGAUGUUUGCAGUCAGAGCGUAGAAGUCACUGAGCACACUGUGGAAACCAAGGAGGUUAACAUGGAUGUGGAGCAGCUUGCUGCCAGCGAAGAAAACACUGUGAACGAGGUGGUUCAGCAUGUGACCCAAGAGGUAGCCUCCACCAUAUGCGAAUAUGCGAAGAGCUCCAUCACAGAGGAGACCGAGCCAGCCAUCCCUGUAGUCCUGCCAUGUGAGCAUGGUCCUGUUAUUGCCGAAUCUGUGGUUCUUGUGGCGCCAGUCAGUGUGGCAACAACAGACGUGGUGAAUAUUAAAACUGAAGUACAACCAAUCCAGGUGGAGCAGGCUGUGGUGGAGGAUAAAGAGACUGUGGAGGCCACUGUGGAGUCGGAGCAGACAGAGGAAACAAAGGAGGAUGUCCAGGAGACCAGUGAAAUUGAGGCUCAGAGCAUGGUCAUUGCCCAGUCUGUGAUUCUGGAUGCCAUGGAAAAAGUUUCAGAAGAUGCAUCUGAACCCAAGGAGCCGACCACCGCGACCGCAGUCCAGGCUGUCGCAACAACAGAGAAAGAGAUGGAGGUCGCGACAGAUGCCCCUGUCAUCACUGAAACCCCUAUUGCCAUUGUCUGUGAAAAACCAGCACCAAAGUCACCAAAGGUGCUCCAUGUGGCCAUGGAGGUCAUUGACUCAAUCCCUGUGGAGGUUACAGAGAGCCUUGAUGCUUCUGCAGAGGAGGAGAAGAAACCAGAAGAAGGGUUGAAGAAAGCUGUGGAGGUAAAAGUAAGUGAAGAGACUGUCGUAGUGGAAGAAGUGGUGGAGAUAAAGGAGGAGAGUCAGACAGGUGAGGAGCCUGAGCAGGUCGAGGAGGAACAGAGCAAAGAAAACGCAGAGGUUCAGGAGGCAGAUGUAAAAGAAGCAGCUGAGGAGCCAGAAGUGGCGGAAGCGACGCCAGAGGCCCCUUCAGAGCAGAACAAAGAGAAAGUGCUUGAGAUUCACAUGCCAGUCCAAGUGGUCCUGCAGACAGCGCAGGUGUUUGAGGAGCCAUCAGUGGAAGAAGAGGCAGUGGUCGAGUUUGACAGCAACGGCCCAGUGACUGAAGAUGUAAAACCAGAGAGCCCCGAAGCCGCAAACAAACUCCCAACGCUGUCAGAAGAACCCCAGGCGGCGGCUUCAGAAGAGGUGUCCGUCACAGAGGCAGAGGCACCAGAAACACCGUCAGGAAAGUGUGCGGAAGUGAUGGCGCAGGUGAUGGAGGUGAUCGAGGAGGCCGUGAAGGAGAUCGAGCCUGUGUCCACAGAGAUCACAGCGGCAUCAUGAGCAGCUGAAGAUGCAUGACUGAUGCCUGGGAGACACACUGUCUGGACCAGGAAGUGAGUGAUGAGGGAGAGAGAGAGAGAGAAAGAGAGAGAGAAAGAGGCUGCUCUGUGCUAACACACUGAGACUGGGCCCCGCCCAUCCCGUCCAGAGAGACUGAGUGACUGAUCAACAGCUCCGCCAUUCUCUCCACCUCCCUUUCCACCUGUACUCCAACCCCAUCCUGCAGCCCUGUCACCGCAACGUGACGUCCCACCGCCACAUCCUCACCCACUCACUCACUCUCAUACACACACACACUUUAAAAAAAAAAAAAAAAGCAUGUCCUGGGCCUCAGAAGCAUCUCAUCUGGCUUGUAUGGUGAUGCUGUUGGUGACUUUCCAUUGCCCUUGCUGCAUAAGACGAGAACCUGGUCGAAUCUGUUCGUAUGUGUGUGUUUGUAGGUGUAUAGCAGGGAGAGUGAGGUGGUGUCAGAAGGUGAAGAGAUGGAGGAUUAUUACCUUGUAUAUUGUAUUUAUAUCUUGAGUAUUCUUUCAUUCACCCCUAAGUCUUUAUUUUUUCAUUUUUUUGUCGGACAUUGUUGCCUUGUUGUUUUUAAAAAAUCCCCACAUUUAGCUGUGAUACAUCAGGUAUUCUUUAGAUCGACAUUAUAUAUAAAAUGCAGAGAAACCUCUUAAUAAAAGUUUCUAGUACAAUUUUGCCAAAACAAAUUUGCAUAUAAGUGACUGUUGUAUCGCAGCUUUUAAUAGUCAUAUUCGAGGAUUAUGUCACAACUCUGUAGCAUUUACUAGCAAACCAUGGUACAAGUAUGAUGACACUGACUGAAGAAAACAACAAGAGGGCAGAAAGUAUGGAACCAGAAAUGCUUUUGACACAAUCUCUUGUCACACUGUGUUGCAUCCCAACAAAAUAAGCUUCAUGUAGAUAAAAAGAAAAACAAUCACUGCCUGAUUUACUGUGAAAAAGACAUUGUUACACAUUGUGUCAUGUAAUAAUAAAAUAAAAUACUAUUAUAACACCUUCAUUUGAUCAGAGGUAUUUGGUAAACAGUGGCGUGCAAAGGAUACGAUUUUUGACACUGGAAGAGUCAGACUGAGUAGACACGUGCAUGUAACAAACACUUGUUUAAUGGCCAUGUUUCUGAGAUACUGUGUGACAUACUGUGUGUAUUAUUUGUGUCUAGCAAUUUAACACCUUCCUUACUACUAUAUUUAUAUUUCUUGAUGAAAAGACAGUAUGCUGAUGCCCUCUGUUGGCUACAACAAGCAACGCACCCUUUAUUCUUGAGUCAAAGUAUGAAAAUGUUCAAUCCAGUCUUAUAUCAUCUGGUCUUAUGUUGUGUUUUUCACUCAGCAUGAUGGCUCAGGUUCCUUUUAAACUGGCACUGGUUGUGGAUUUUAGAGAGGCAAAGACACCGACUGCAUGGUACCAGAAGUUUUAAAAAAAUACAACAACUCUUAAUUUAAAAUGCCAAAUCGAGUUAGGAUCAAUCAGGGAGUCAUGGUUUUUCCAUUUCUCACAGGAUGAGACACCAGUUGCAUCCAAUUAAAUUCCCAAAGCAUCCACUCAGCUGCUUUGAGUCACGCUUCAAAGUUGAGUCACAAGGCUGAUUUUUUUGCAAAUUCAUUGCAAAGGGAGUUUUCGGGUGAAGGAAUACAUCUGAAACAUUCCUUAAGUCCAGUUUUAACACCAAAGCAAACACUAUACACUGGUAUUUGUUCAUGUCCUACCAAAUUUGGCAAACUUGCACUGUGUCAAUCAUUCAGACAUCUUGAGAAUUAACUGUAAUCUAUUGAUUUUAAUUUGACACGAGCAGCUCAUUAGAAGCUCACAUUACACUCAGCUUUAAGACCAAAUGAGAGAAAGAUCAGGAAGUAUGCACCCCUGUUAGGUCACCACUUCCCUUUAGGGUGUGUCGCAUCCAUACUUGCUUUAUGUAAAAAAACAAAUGAUAAAAAAGACAGAAUGAGCUAAAGACUUUUGCUGUUGUUGCAUAAUAAUGUAAAGCAUUUAGUCGGGCACACGCCCACUUCAGCCCUCCCUGCUUUUUGUAACACACUUAACUGUGAACCUGUUAACAUUUGUACAGAUUGUAUACCUACUGUAUGUACUUAAAAUCAUAUUGUUGUAAUAUUAACUAAUAACCUGCAGCCAUUUAGCAUAAUAUUCAUGUAGCAUGGUCUUUUAUAUUUUCCAAGCUGUUAAUAGUGAGGAUAGAGAAACUUGUCUAUAUUUCAUUCAAUAAAGGUAGAGAAAACUGA